AUGAUUCAUUCACGCAACAACCAACUCAACGAGCAGCCCAGCGACCCUGCAUUUUCCGAGACCGAAGCGGGCUGGUUCAAGCUGUUUACUCAGGAUAAUGCCAAUUGGGAAUCCGCCGAUGUUGGCACGGAAACGCAGUGUUAUUUUGCAGGGUUCCGGUCGAAGCAUGACAAUCACGAUGAGGACCGCUGGUGGGAUUAUCACGAGUACUGCAUCACGCAUUCUGGCGAACAAAUCACGAAAGGGAACUCACCCGACGCCUACUUUCAGAUGAACGACUGGGACCAGGAUUUCAGCUGGACUGCCACGACAGGUCGAACAAUCUACGGAAUGAACUCGCGCCACUGGAACACCAAAGAAGAUCGUCUUUAUCAAGUGAAAACCGUUGAAAUGAUUCCCGAGUUCGAGUACACGGGUGGUUGUUCGACGACUGCCGAAGUGAAUAACUUUGACGGAGAUCUAGACUACACAUGCCCUCUGGUGUUUGAGUACAUUGCAGGAAUGUCUUCAGCCCCGCCAACUUCAAUCACUCUCGGCAGCGUGAGCUGCCAGCCGACCACUCGCAGCAUCGGAACAGUGUGCACCUACUCUUGCGAUUCGGGCUAUGUCGUGGACGGCACAUCGCAGCGUGUUGUUCCAGUCACUUGCCUGUCCAGCACUGCUUCUGUCGGUGUGUGGUCGCGCGCGACACCAACGUGUGUUCUGUAUGCGGAACAUUGCCCGCACACUAUGGCAGCGCCAACCAAUGGAGCUGUCAACUGUGAUGGAUACUCGCUUGGUGGUAUCUGCACUGUUUCUUGCAACGCUGGCUUCCGUCUGCGUGGUUAUGCGCCACUUGCUACUGUCGAUUCGGUGUGCAAAGCGGAUACCACCUGGUCACGUCCCGAGACGUUCUACUGCGACCCGAUCGCCUGCCCCGCGCUUUCACUUGGUAAUGGUGGACUGAAUUGCGUUGGAGGAACGACUGCUUACAACUCGCAGUGCACCCCGUACUGCAACGCUGGCUUCACACUGGAGGGCGACUACACUGGCGCAGUGCGCUGCAACGCCUCGCAGCUGUGGAACGCAACCCUCUCUGCGCACUGCCAGAUUGUGUCGUGCGACCCUCUGACUCUCGAAAACGGUGCCAUCGACUGCACCAAUGGCAACACAAACUACCUCUCGGAAUGCACACCGAGCUGCAAUGCAGGCUACACCCUUGGCGGAGCCAACACAAAUCCUGUGACGUGUCAGGCGUCGCGCGAGUGGAGCGCAACGCUGCAAGCAGAAUGCACGAUUGUAUCGUGCGAUCCUCUGACGCUUGAAAACGGUGCUGUUCUGUGCACCAACGACAACACAAACUACGGAUCCGAGUGCAUCCCGAGCUGCAACCCCGGCUACUCGCUUGGAGGAGACUACGCCGAUGUUGUCGAGUGCCUGGCGACACGAGAGUGGGACCGCCCGAUGGACGCCUCGUGCACCAUUGUGCCUGCGAUGUUCUGA